AUAAAUUUUAAUAUUGGUAGUAUUGAAGUGAGAAGUUUUCAGUUUGUUGCCGCGUUUUUAUUAAAAUGGAUGUGUUGAAUCCAGAACAAUUUUAUGGUCAAAAGAUGGCUAAAUUACAAGCCAUUGAUAGAAGAAAGAAAUUAAAAAACAAAUUGAACAUAAAUUAUUUAAGAAAAAUGCCUGACCAUAUUUUGGGUCCACCACAGUUUUGGGCUGAAUUUUAUAAACAAGCAGAAGCACUAGCUGUGGCCAGUAAACAUGCCAAUGAUAAUGAAAUGCUUUGUACGUUUGUAUAUCAACAGGAUAAUGGAGUUAGAAAAUUUGUUGUAGCUCAUCCCGAAGUUUAUUGGUGGUACUAUAAAGAUAGACCUCCUGAAUCAAGAUGCUCCUAUGAGGUUAUACCAGAAAGAGCUCCAUGUUGGCUAUAUGUGGAUUUGGAAUUUCUAUUCGAAUUGAAUCCUAAAAGUAAUGGCUCACGUAUGACUAGCACACUUAUUGAUAUUUUGUGUGCAUUUAUGUUAAAAGAAUGGCAUCUUCCAUGCAAUAAAUCUAAUAUUAUUAAUUUGGAUUCUACAAACAAUGAAAAAUUUAGUAGACAUUUAAUAUUUGCUAUCAAAGAUGUUGCUUUUAAAGAUAAUUUUCAUGUCGGAAGAUUUAUGAAAUAUGUUUGUACGGAAAUAAUAAAUUAUUUAAAUAAUACUGAAACACAGCACGACAUUUUAAGUACUUUCAGUAAAAUUAAUAUUGAAGAGUUAUUUAUAUAUAUUAAUACGAAAAGUGAAAGAAAAUUGUUUAUUGAUGUUGGUGUUUAUACAAAAAAUAGACAUUUUAGAAUAUACAAAUCUACCAAAUGGGGUAAACAGUCUUAUUUGGAAAUUUCAUCUGAUUCUAAAUACACAUUACCAAACAUGUACAAGGAACAAGAGUUAGAAUUUUUUAUCAAUUCUUUAGUAACAUAUUUUCCAAGAAAAAAAGAUUUAAUUUUACUUGAGUUUGCUAAUGACGAGGCACAGGUUACAAAACACUCUAACAAAGAACAAGCGCGACAAAUAAACAUAACAAGUCAUAAUAUAUCAUCACAGUAUCCUGAAAUUGAUAAAUAUAUAUUAAAUAUUAUUAAACCAGGAAAAAUACGUCGAUGUAGAUAUAAUGAACAAUUGAGGACACUGAUUUAUGAAAUCGUUGGUUACAGAUAUUGUGAAAAUAUAGGAAGAUGGCACAAAAGUAAUAAUAUCUAUUGGAUCGUUGACUUAACUAAACAAGUUAUGUAUCAGAAAUGUCAUGAUGAAAAUUGUUCUGAUUUUAUAUCUAGUCCAAAAAAGCUUCCUGAAGAAAUCAAUUUUCAAUUGGAUUCAGAGGACGAAGCAUUUAUUUCUUGUGCUAUAUUAGCAGAAGAAAUAUAUUUUUAUGAUAGUUUAACUGAAGUAACAAAUGUGUAAUUAAUGAAUAAAAAUAUAAUAUUUUAUAUACGAUUUUUUUAUA